AUGAAAUCGAUGGCACAGAUCCUAUUCCUCACCGCUGGAUUCCAUGCGUUCGCCAUUCCUGCAAAAUCAUUUCUUCCUAGCUUUCUUUCCCGAUCUCCCGAGUUGCGACAACAGCAACAGCAGCCUAUCAUGAAUAUACCUAUUCCAAUCCCCGGUGGUUCCGACAGUAACGACAAAGAUCUCUUUAGUGGUCCAGGCGACCUCAUCAUAUCAGACGUGAUUGGCAAAGAGAGCAGCAUAAAUAUUUUUGCCGGAUUUACACGCGAUGUUAAUAGCAUUUCUAAGCGGUUCGAUGAUUCUGAUAAGACGACUACCGUUCUCGCGCCUUUGAACUCUGAGCUGAAAAAGCUGCCGCGGAAACCAUGGGAAGAUCCCGAAGACUACAAUAGCCUGGGCGCGGAGGCCUACAAGGGCAGUGAAGGUGAAGAUAGGGCGACGAGGAAUUUAAGACGGUUCGUGGAGGCACACAUCAUACCGGCCAGCCCGUGGGAGGAGGGAAAGAAGGUUGAGUCAUUACGCGGGGAAACAGUCUGGUGGGAGAAAAAAGAUGGAAAGAAAUUGUUAUAUUCAGAUUACUUUGUAAUCAAACGAUUCAAUUACAUCCCCUACCGUAAACCAGAUGGCCAACAAUAUGUCACAGCAACAAGCUCAAGGCUUCUUACCAUGAACUCGCACAACCCCAAUGCGUGGCCACCAGGUGGCCCGGGACCGCCUCCACCCAACACUGAGCAACACUCCAUACAACAGAGACCCCCUGGCUCAUUUGGACCAGCUCCCCCUUUACAACGACCACCUCAACAUCAGAUGAAUGGCCCGUCAAUGCCACAACAGCCCACAUCUUUCUUCACCAACCAGCCCAACGGUCACCAUGCCUUACCCAAUCCUCAAAACUUGCCCCCUCAGGCGUCGCCCUUACAGUCUGCUCAAUCCAUUCGGAGCGCUCCUCCUCCCUCACUUCAGCAACACUCUCCGACCAGCCUUCCUCCUCCGCCCUCACAGCAACACUACCCGCUGCCCGCUCUUGGUCCUUCUAUGUCGCAACAGUCACCACGGCCGACUCUGCAAGCAGAUCGGGACAUGAUGGAACGCGAGCAGCAAGAACGGCUACGUCAACAAGAGAUGGCACAAGCCCGGUACGAUCAGCAGGAGGCAGAGCUGAUCUCUCAACAGCACGAGAGACAGAUACGAGAAAUGCAGGCCCGAGAGCAGCAACAACGUGAAUAUCAACAACGGGACCAGCUUCAUUCCCCACGAGAAAAUCACGCUGGUACAAUCCCCUUACAACAGCCGGUCGCGUCAAGAGUCCCUGCUACUCUCCAUGGCCCGAAUGGUAUUUUGAAUGAACAGCAUAUCACCAGCCCUCAUGCUCAACCUUCUCAACCUUUAGGAGCUCCCAGUGGGCCUGGCAAUGUAUUCAGUGGGAGCGCUCAAAGUGUCGAAAAUGGUGCCAGGCACUUCGCCCCCCAAGUCCCUCCGAAUAUGGCUCCUCAGCAACAGCUUAUACAUCUGACACAAGCUGCGGCUCCGCAGCAAACGAAUGGCGUCCUACCGAUGGGCCAACAGCAGCAGCAGCAGCCUAUUCUCAAUGAUGCCUUGACAUAUCUUGACCAGGUGAAAGUGAGAUUUCAAGAGCAACCAGAUGUCUACAACCACUUUCUCGAUAUCAUGAAAGACUUCAAGAGCCAAGUUAUUGACACGCCAGGGGUCAUAGAUCGAGUUUCGGGCCUUUUCAAUGGAAAUCCAGAACUCAUCUCUGGAUUCAAUACAUUCUUACCUCCUGGAUACAAGAUUGAAUGUGGACUCGAUAAUGAUCCAAACGUCAUACGUGUGACAACGCCUAUGGGAGGCAUGUCAGUAUCGCAAAUGCCUGGUCCUCCGAAUGGUAUUAUGGUCAAUCGAGUCAAUGCAGGAGAUGGACGUGCAGCUGACUAUUCUGAUGGCCCUCAGCGUUCUGAGUGGGGCCCUAUACAGCAGCAAGAGCUCGAACAAAGUGAGAAUGCCUUAUUCGCCGCCACUCAGCAGCCGGGUGCAAACCUGUUCCCUGGCCAGCCGCAGACAUUAGAAGAUGCUGGAGAAGGGUACGAUGACGCGGUCCAAGCAGACGUGCGAGGUUUAUCAAACGGACUGGGUGCAAACCAGCACCUUCUGGGUGGUGAUAAGCGUGGGCCAGUCGAGUUCAACCAUGCUAUCGGCUACGUCAACAAAAUCAAGAACCGAUUCGCGAGCCAACCUGAUAUCUACAAGAAUUUCCUCGAGAUACUACAGACGUAUCAGCGCGAGUCCAAGCCCAUUGGUGAUGUCUAUGCGCAAGUCACACAAUUAUUCAGCUCGGCGCAAGAUCUUUUGGAAGACUUCAAGCAGUUUCUUCCAGAAUCAGCGGCACAAGCCAAAGCUCAGGCGCAAGCCGCUACAAAGCAUGCAGAAGACUCUGUGCCCACCAGCAACAUGCGAGGUGGGAAUGAAUACAGCGCUGGUGCCCCACGAGCCCAGGUCUCUACCCCUCGCCCUGCUGGAGACUACAAGUUUCCACCUAUGGGGACCUUUGCGCCACCAUCUGUUGGCAAAGACAACAAGAAACGUCGUGGUGGAGCCGGUUCGCAAAUGACGGGUAGUGUAGCUGCUCCGGAUGUGAGUGCUGUAUCAAAUAGCCGAAACCAGCGCAAUGUGAAUGGCAACAAGCGUUCAAAGGCAGAGCAAGCAAAGCCCCCGGUAGCUGACGUUGUCCCUGUUUCGCCGACUCUCGUUCCAAGUCUUCCGACUCCAUUGAAGCCUUCGGAAGAUGAGAGCAACAUGCAAGAGGGCAUCUCGUUUUUUGAGAGAGUCAAGAAGUUCCUCGGCAACCGUCAGACAUUCAACGAGUUCCUCAAACUCUGCAAUCUCUUCAACCAAGAGAUUAUUGACAAAGAUACUCUCGUACACAAGACUUAUAAUUUUAUCGGUAGCAACAUAGACUUGAUGUCUUGGUUCAAGAGGUGGCUUAACUAUGAAGGCCGAGAUCACGUUGUCCUGAACACCCAGAGAAUUCCUAGUGGAAAGGUUGUUCUGAGCAAUUGCCGUGGUCUGGGGCCUAGUUAUCGCCUCCUCCCAAGACGAGAGCGGCUACGAUCUUGCAGCGGCCGCGACGAAAUGUGCAACUCAGUGCUGAACGAUGAAUGGGUAUCACAUCCGACUUGGGCCUCUGAGGAGUCAGGAUUUAUCGCGCACCGGAAGAAUCUAUAUGAAGAGGCGCUGCAUAAGAUCGAAGAAGAACGUCAUGACUACGAUAUCAAUAUUGAGGCCUGCCUUCGGACAAUACAGCUUCUCGAGCCAAUAGCGCAACAGCUGAAACUUAUGACAGAUGACGAGAGGUACAAGUAUGAACUGCCUCCGGGUAUCGGUAGUCAAAGUGAGACCAUCUAUCGUCGGGUUAUUAAGAAAAUUUAUGACCGUGAGCGCGGUGGUAAAGUCAUCGAAGAUAUGUUCAAGCGACCAAAUGCCGUCAUUCCUAUACUUCUGGGUCGUUUGAAACAAAAAGUCGAGGAAUGGAAAGCCAGCCAGCGGGAAUGGGAGAAAGUUUGGCGCGAGCAAACAAACCGUAUCUUCUGGAAGAGUCUUGAUCAUCAGGGAAUCACCGUUAAGUCAUCGGACAAACGUCAAUUCCAACCAAAGACACUUCAUAACGAGAUCCACGCCAAAUACGAAGAACAGCGUCGCCAACGCUUGAUUCCGUGGACUCAGGUGCCGAGAUAUCAGUUCAAGUAUGGAUUCAAUGAUUUCGAGGUUCUUUACGAUGCCUGCCAUCUCCUACUUACUUGUCUGCACGUCUCGUACCCUGCGAACGAGGCAGACAAGUUGCGACUCGAUAGCUUUAUCAAGACGUUCAUCCCGACUUUCUUCGACGUCGAUAGAGAGGCCUUUGAAGAAAGGAUGAACGAUAUCGAAGACGCCACUCCGCCGAACGAAGAGAUGGAUGAUGACGAAGCGAAUACGGACGGCGAAUCAAAUGGAGUACGUGGCCGUCGUGGACCUAAUGGCAAGAAGCAAGAUUUGCGAAGAGGCGUCCUGGAGAGAAAGUCAGGUCGAGGCGAGGCCGCAGAUCGAAGUGGUGUGACAACACCUGAUGUACAAUCUAACGAUGAGGAUACUCCGGCAUCAGCAGGCACGCCCACAGAUCAGCCCCGGCCAGACCCUUCUGAGCAUCGUUGGAUGUCCCAUCCAGUCAGUGGAAGUGAAGCCGACUUGAAUGUCCCCUUCAGACGAGAUGAUUUUCAUCUCUACGCAACCUCGAACAUCUACUGCUUCUUUCGAAUGUUUCAAGGCUUGUACGAGCGGCUUCAACAUAUCAAGGCCCUGGAACACAAGGUGCACACGGACGUCAGAAACGCCAUGAUGCAGAAGCCUGCUCACAAGCUUGGCCUGUUUGAUAAGAUUCCCACCGAUUAUUUCGCUGAUGUGUCCUCUACGGCCAACUAUUACAAGCAGACUGUUCAGAUUUGCGAGGAGGUGAUCAAGUCAGAAGUCGAUUCAAACCAGCUUGAAGAUAUGCUACGGCGCUAUUACAUGCAUGACGGCUGGCAACUCUUCACCUUUGACAAAAUGUGCGCAUCAAUAUUGCGCUUUGCGCUGCUAAUUCUCGUAAGCGACAACAAGGACAAAAGUUUGGACAUUAUCAACCUUUUCUACAAAGACCGAAAAGAGGAUGAGACGACACAUCAAAACGAACUGACGUACCGGAAGCAAGUGGAGAAGUUUGGCAGAGACGGUGACAUCUUCCGCAUCCGCUACAAUCGACCUACGCAAACAGCCUACGUCCAGAUCUUCAAGAAGGACGAUAAGACUUAUGAGGCCGACGAGUUAGCUGCAUCAGCUCGCUGGUCUUACUAUGUCUCAACAUACUCAAUGCUUGAUCACACCGAAAGCGUCCCUUUGAAGAAAAUGUCCUUCCCGUACCUCCGGCGCAACCGACCUUUUGCCGCCGGCGCCAAGAAGGGCAAUGCAGGCGAGGAUGGCGGAGAAGUCAAAGCAUUCCCCCUGCCCAUGUCGAGCUACGACGGCCUCGUUAUUCGUAUCUCUCCAAACAACUACCAUCUCCUUUACGAUCCCUACACCUACGAUUGGUGGCUUCAGUCGCCACAAUCUCGGAAACGAGGGUCGAGCGCCUACGAGGAAGCUCACCAGAAGCGGAAAGAAGGCUUGUCGGAUUUGUUCGAGAACAAAGAACGGAAUAAGUGGAUGAGUGAGCUCAAAGACGAAGACAUCCAGAAGACUAAGGACGACUUCCAGAGAUGGUUGCAUGGUGAGCAUAGUUCCUCGGAGACGGUGAGAGGCGACCAGGGUGAAGCGGCGGGGAGAAGGCAGAAUAGUAGUGAGGACACUCUGAUGGGUGGGACAGCAUAA